AAGUCUUGAAGCUCUCUCAUCGGGGAAAUAUGGCAAACAAGGCCUCUCCCCAACAGAACCCAAAUCACUGCCCAGCCAUCAACAGCAGCAUCCCGCUGAUGCAGGGCAACCUCCCCACUCUGACCUUUUCUGGAAAGAUCCGAGUGGUGGUGACUUUCUUCCUUUUUUUGCUCUCCACAAUCUUUAAUGCUUCCUUCUUACUGAAACUUCAGAAAUGGACGCAGAAGAAGGAGAAAGGAAAAAAGCUCUCGAGAAUGAAGGUGCUUUUGAAACACCUGACCUUAGCCAACCUGCUGGAGACUCUGAUUGUUAUGCCACUGGAUGGAAUGUGGAACAUCACAGUCCAAUGGUAUGCUGGAGAGUUCCUCUGCAAAGUCCUGAGUUAUCUGAAGCUUUUCUCCAUGUAUGCCCCAGCCUUCAUGACGGUCGUGAUCAGCCUGGACCGCUCCCUAGCUAUCACGAAGCCUCUAGCAGUGAAAAACAACAGCAAGUUCAGACAGUCCAUGAUUGGCCUGGCCUGGAUCCUCAGCGGCGUCUUGGCUGGACCACAGUUAUACAUCUUCAGGAUGAUUCAUCUAGCAGACAGCUCGGGAGAGACAGAAGUUUUCUCUCAAUGUGUAACACACUGCAGUUUCCCACAAUGGUGGCAACAAGCCUUUUAUAAUUUUUUCACCUUCAGCUGCCUCUUCAUCAUCCCUCUUCUUAUCAUGCUGAUCUGCAAUGCAAAAAUCAUCUUUACCCUGACACAGGUCCUUCGGAAGGACCCCCACAAACUACAACUGAAUCAAUCCAAGAGCAAUGUACCAAGAGCACGGCUGAGGACCCUCAAGAUGACAGUGGCAUUUGCCACUUCAUUCACAGUCUGCUGGACUCCCUACUAUGUCCUAGGAAUUUGGUAUUGGUUUGAUCCUGAAAUGUUAAACAGGGUGUCAGACCCAGUAAAUCACUUCUUCUUUCUCUUUGCUCUUUUAAACCCAUGCUUUGAUCCACUCAUAUAUGGCUAUUUCUCUCUGUAAUUGACAGACUACAUAGGAAGUCAUAUAAAGAAGGGCAAGGUAAUGAAUUUCUCCAUUAGGGAAUGAUAAGCACAAAGGUUGUGGCAUAUUUACAUAUAAACCAAGCAGGAUUUAACCUUAAGUUAUCUUCCUUAUUAUUUUAGCCACAUUUUCAGAGCCUCAAUUACAAGGGGAAAAAACUUCAGGAAAAAUACUGAAAUAUUUUCUCUUAAUCAUAAGCUUCUGAAUUAAUCUUUACCCUGACAUUGCAAAACAAUUAUGUGGGUUUCCUAUCACUUUCUUCUUAUAUAACAAAUACAUAAGUAUUUAAAAUAGUCACAGCCUAAUGCAAAAAGACGACAAAAACUAAGGCUGAGAAGUCACAAUACAGUCCAAACCUCAGCAUGCUUUGGGGAGUUUUUCUUUAAACAGGACUUGGCAGCAGUUAACAAUCUUAUGCUAUACAAAUACAUAGAACACAUAGACAAUAUGUCCCCUGCCCUUAAGAUCGUUUUUGCCUCCUAUGGUU